AUGCCAGGAUCUCGAGGAGAUUUCUAUACGCAGGCCAAAAACUAUGCGCUGAACAUCAGCGAGAUCGAGGCCAAGGUGCGCGAGGCCACCAACGACGACCCAUGGGGCGCGAGCUCCACGCUCAUGCAGGAGAUUGCUCAGGCCCAUGACUUUCACGAGAUUAUGCCGACCAUUUUCCGCCGCUUUGUCGAGAAGGAGGCAAAAGACUGGCGCCAGAUCUACAAGGCGCUCCAGCUCCUCGAGUAUCUCGUCAAGAACGGCGCCGAAAAGGUCGUCGACGAGGCGCGCGCGCACCUCGCGACCAUCAAGAUUCUGCGCAACUUCCACUACAUUGACGACCAGGGCAAGGAUCAGGGCAUCAACACGCUCCUCUCUGACGUCGACAUGAUCCGCGCUGAGCGCCGCAAGGCGCGUGCCAACCGCUCCAAGUACCAGGGCACUGGCAACACAGACUUUGUGCCAGGCAGCGGCGGCGGACGCUACGGCGGAUUCAGCAGCGAUUCGUACUAUGCAAGUGGCGGCGCCUCGGGUACGUAUGGCGUAUCGGGGGCCAGCACGCACGACCAGGCCGAGUACGACGAGUACGACGCUGGUGACGAUGAAGACACGCAGGGGCCAUCACAGACCGCAGCGAGCUCGACCAAAGCGACAGGCCCCCCCGUCGCGGAUCUAUUUUCGUUCGACGACGAGCCAGCCGCCACCGCCUCGCCGAGUAAGCCGGCGGCUCCGCCGGCAGCUGCGCCACUCGACGACUUUGAUGAUUUUCAGGCAGCGCCGCCGGCACCAGCGUCCAGUCAGACGGUGCCCCCAGCCCAGAACGACCCCAUGUUUGACUUUUUAGACAUUAAGCCAAGCGCGCCGGCGGCCGCACCCAAGCCCGCGACGCCCGCCGCGGCACCGCCCAAGGUGGUGCCCGCUGCGGCGGCUCCUCCUAAGGUGGCGCCCGCUGCGGCUGCUCCGCCCGCCAAGCCUGUGACGCCUGCUGCGCCGCCCAAGUCGUCGGCAUCGCUCUUCGACGAUUUGUGGGCCGAGUCGCGCGGCAAGUCAAGCACCACUGAGGGCAGCGGCAAAAAGACCAUGGCACAGUUGGCGCAGGACCAGACGAGUAGCCGCGUGUGGGCCUCGUCGGCGCCGAAACCGAAGGCGGCUGGAUCGAAUGACCUGUUUGAUCUGUUGUAG